GGUAAAACGACGCGAAGAUCGGGACAGCGUCGGAUCGGGAUAGCUCCAAGUCUCCGAGACUCGGCGGGUCUGGAGGGUGUGCCGGGCGCCGCGGCCGCUCCAGAGCGUUCAGAAGAGCGCUCUGAGAGAGCUCCCCGGAACGCUCUGGAGCGACUUAUCCCGGUCCCAGUCGUGUUUUACUAGCGCGGCACACAAACGAGGGCCAGAGCCGUCCACUCGGGCGCAACAUGCCAGCGAUGAGAGAGGGCUCGAUGCUCUGAUAGAGCGCGCUUGCUACUCUUUCAAGAGUGGGUGUCGCGCAUGCGCGCACAUCUUUUCGGCAGCUGUGGCAACCCCGCGGUCGCGAUUGGUAUCACGUUUCGCGCCUUCCUUCCUCUUCAAAUUUCUCAAAUCUUGGUCUUCAGCUCAUGCUUCCGUCUGUUACCCAAGUUUUGGCCGCGCAAUGGUGGCGCCACCAGGCCCCAAAGUAUUUCAAGGCUGGCGCUGAGACAGCUGACCUCCUCUUCUCCGGCGGCGUCCGCAGACCGCGCCGCGCGUGCCGCUGAACACUGCAAUUGGGGGGGCCACGGUGGGGGGCGGCAACACUUGCUUUGCAGUCGAGCAUCUGAUUGAGAAGCCUCGUCCCGAACAGCUGGGCCAGCGUUUCUGAACCGACUCGCGAGAAGGCUGGCCCCAUUCCUGGGGCGCGUUCGCCCCUCCAGCGUUCACACGACCACCUGGCCCAGGCUUUGUGGGACCAGCUUCGGGGUGGAUGUGGGACGAAUCGCAACCUCCUCUUGAGGAAUCUGCGAACACGUUCGAACACCUCGAAGGCCGCGAGGGCCUCGAAGGGGCACAGGGCUGGGGGGGCGGGCGGCGGCUCAGUUUUUCCCCUGACGGCGGCCUCCGCUCGGCCAGGCCCGCUGUCGGGCCCUCCUCCUUCGGCAGCAGCUCAUGGGGGCCUUGCACAUCCUCCCAUCAAGAUGGUGCGGGAGGCUACCGUGAGCUGCCACAGAACUUUCUCCUGGCCUCCGCUCGGCCAGACGCCGCCCCCCGCGCCACCAGGAAGUGGGGGCCCGCGCGGGCGCCGCAGGGCGCUCCGUGCGCAGUUCUGUGGGCUGGCACCGGCCAGGCUGCAGGCGCUUCGAACGUUGGCCGCAAGGCAAAA